AUGUCUUCUCACAGCCCGCAUAACAACAUUUUUCCACCACCCAGAGAACGAUGCCCUUCUAGGUUCUGGAACAACCGACCAGUUCUCUACAUCAAGCGUGCAGGUAUCGCGGCAUCCUACCCAAUUCGCGGCAUCUGGUACUUCACGCGGAACAGAGAAUUUUGGCCUCUCCUGUUUGGAAGGCUAAUCCCUCUGUCUCUGAUCUCAUUCUUCGUAUACUUUGUCCUCUUCUCGUUCGCGUUCCUUCCGCAAUUCUUAUUCCUGGCCAUCUUCCAUGGCUGGGGCGCCUGGUUUAAUGCCGUUGUUCUCGUGUUGGGUGAAGGACUAGUGAUUGUUCAGGGCUUAUUUGAAGGCUUCUUUGUUGACGAAUGCCGAGUGGAUGUUUUCGACGCCACACUUAUCAAGCUCUCGCUGAAGGAUUUAAUAACUCCUCAUCGCCUACUGUUUGAAGAUGCACCCGAUGCAGUUAAAAUGUUGGGAAAGCCGACGAGCCCAGCUACCUUCAAUCCAUGGAGCACAAUUCAAAUUGUAGAGCUCAUCUUCUUUCUUCCUCUCAAUCUCAUCCCCUAUGUCGGAACCUUUGCCUUUAUUGUCAUAACGGGGACUCGACUGGGGAAACUAUCGCAUCACCGCUGGUUCCAACUGCGAGGCUUGACGAAGCAAGCCCAAGCGAUUGAAAUAAAGACACUUGAGUGGGACUACAUCUGCAACGGGGGCAGCUAUGUGGGCGGCAGACAUUGA